AUGACAUCUUGUCCUGAACGAGGCUACAAUCCGAUGAACGAUGCAGAUCGAUUUGAAUCACCAUCAUCAUCAUGCGGUUCCGCGGAGCAUCAUGCAUCAGCCAGCAGCUUAGAAUCGGUGGAAAACUUGGGCGACUGGGAAGGUGGAUGCCAUGAUGCAACUGAUUUUCCUUUUCUCAUACGCAUUCCCACAGUGGUGUUACGUAAACAUCGCACAAAAGGUGUCUAUUUCGUAUACAUGAUAUGUGUGACCAUAUGGAAAACGUCGCACAUAGCUGGAGAUCAACAAAACGUGGCUGAGCAUUGGCACAGUAUUUCUCGUCUCGAAUGGACAGUGGGCCACAGAUAUACCACACUGGAAUCAUUACAUGCGGAUUUGAUGGGACAAAAGGUGCCGGGAACUGCAGAGGAGGACGAUCCGGAUCAGACUGUGGAACAAAUGAAAAAGACCGAAGAGCAUAAGCCCUCGGGUUUGAUUCUGGCACACACGUGUCUCCCUCGUCCGUUGCCUGGCCUGGAGUAUUUUCGUUUCCCACGCAAACGGGUACUGCCAACUAUACCCAGCCUAGCAGCCGGUCGAUUUCCUGCCUGUCUGAAGGACUCCAGUGACUGGAUCACAUGUCAUUCGGCCUAUGUGGACUAUCCGGUUGCGGCGGGUGAAUCGCGUCGAGUGGAACAACGUCGACGUGCAUUGGAGCAGUACAUGAAUCGUUUGAUUCGUCUGGUGUGGUGUGUAAGUCAAACUCCCGAAGUGGAUCAUGUUCUCCAGACAAUGGGAGUCGAAAGUGUUCCCACACGAGACAAACCGGAAGAGGAUAACGGUUUGAGGAACGAGCCAGGAACCCCAUCCGCGGAACAGGGGGAAUUGCAGCAGAUCAAAUCGAGGUUGAUCAGCCUGCUUCCCAUCUUGUCAGAGUAA